CGUGAAUCGUGAUGCCACAUUUCGUUCCUGCCGCAGCUCUGCGGCCGCUUUCUCCCCCUCCUCCCCCUCCUCCUCCCUCCUCUCCGCCUCCUAAACCCUAACCCUAAUCUCCGACCUCGCUUCUCUCCUCCAGUGAGAUAAGGGGAUUUGUCCGUCGAUCUGGACCGGCGAGGGGCGUUGGCGGUGGAUCUUUUCACGGAUCAUGGUUGGUAGUGAUUUGGGGAAGGCAUUAGUGGAAGUUGUUUAAGUUAGAUAAUAAAUAUUGUCAUGGAAUGAAGGCAACUUUUGUCUCUUAUUUUAUUGCUCCAUUUCCAUUUGAUGGUUCUUUGAGAGAUGGGAUAGUCACUUCAUAUCUAGUGUUGUUAGGGUAGAUUCUCAGAUUCAAUUCAGUCAUUACCUAUCAAUGGGCUCAACUAGUGGCAUUUCUGAGAUUGUCGAAGGCGAUGACUUGCCAAACUUGGAUAGUUACUUUGGCGGAUCGAAGACUUUACGAAUUAAACUCCAACCAAAUCUGCAAGAUGGUAAAUACGUGGAUGUUGACGACAACAUUGAAAAGUUAUUGAGGACAAUCGAUCGCAGGACUUCAUCCAGGAUUCUUGGUCCUACAAGUCAUCCAGCUGUUGAUUUGGUGCGGAAGAAUGCUAUGAAGAAGCCAGUUGAAGCUGGAGUAUCUAGAUCGUCAGGAAUAGGGAUAUCAGAAUCUGUCACUUUAAAACAAGCCUUGAGAAAGCUAUGCAUUACCCAGGCAUCAGAGAUGGCUGCUAUGAAGAGAAUGUCGAAAUCCAUUAGCUUAUCUAGAACUUCUGAGGCUGGGACAAUCAAAAGGCUUUAUGCAUCUGUGGUGGUUCAAUCAAGUGACUCUGCUCUCUCUCUAAAAGAAAAGAGAAAUUUAGUUGAAAUAUCCAUCUUGCCUGAUAAAGCCUCAAGAGAUUUAUCAAGAAAGACAAUUGUAUUUGGUCAAGGCAAAAAUGCAGAAUUGUCUACUCCGAGCACUGUUUCAUCUCCUCUUUCUGCUGUACCUACACCCAAGUUAACUAAGAUUAGAAUCCAAGAUGUAAUUAAACACACAUCAGAAGGGUCCCGUGAUAAUCAAUCAACUGCAGUUGAGAUGGAGAAGAAAGGGAGAUCAUUUUCAAGAGCAACCAAAUCUAGCUCAAGGCCAGUCGCUGCUUCGUGCAAGACUGUAGUGAACCCACAUUCAAACAAGCCAGUGCAUCUGAACAAGAAUGUCAGAAAGAAAGGAAAGUCUGAAUCAGCAUCAGCAUCAAAUAAAUCCAUCAAACACGGUGAUGUGAACAGAAGUUGUGCAACUUCAUCUGCUGCUAAACCUUCUUGCUCCAAGGAGCCUGCCACUCCUUCAUGUACUACGCCUACUACCAAAUUGUGUCGUCCAAAGGAACAUGUCACCCCUCCAUGCAGCAUACCUGUGACCAAAUCGUUUCCUAAAGAACUUGUCACUCCUGCAUCUAGCACUAUGAAACAUGCUGCUGCAGUUAGUGCAGAAAGCAAAACACUUUCUAGCCUAAAUAUCCAUGGCAGCAGCAAGGCCAUCAGUGCAAAAUCAAGUGAAUUCUCUAGACCUAGAGAAAAGGGUGAAUGCUCUCACAGUUCAAAAAGCAGCAUUGGGGAUUAUAGUAGCAACACCAGUAUCAGUGAAGAAAGUCAUCUGAGCAUUGCUAGUGGCAAAGGAUGUAGGCCUCACAUGUCAAAGGAUGCAAGAUGGAUAGCAAUCCGGCACAACUUAAUCCAACCAGGAAGCUUAGGCUUAAAGAAUUUUAAGCUUCUCAAAAGACUUGGUUGUGGAGAUAUUGGAACGGUUUAUCUUGCAGAGUUGGUUGAUUCGGACUGCUUGUUUGCAUUGAAAGUCAUGGAUAUUGAUUUCCUGGUUAGCAGGAAAAAGAUGCUGAGAGCACAAACCGAAAGAGAGAUAUUACAAAUGUUAGAUCAUCCCUUCCUUCCAACCCUCUUUGCUCAUUUUACGACAGAUAACCUUUCAUGUUUAGUCAUGGAGUAUUGCCCAGGUGGUGACCUACAUGUGCUUCGACAGAAGCAAUCUGGCAAGAGUUUUUGUGAGCCAGCUGCCAGGUUUUAUGUCGCAGAAAUCCUCCUUGCAUUGGAGUACCUACAUAUGCAAGGCGUUAUAUACCGGGAUCUCAAACCAGAGAACAUUUUGGUUCGUGAAGAUGGCCAUAUCAUGCUUUCUGAUUUUGACUUGUCUCUCAGAUGCUCAGUAAGCCCGAUCCUUCUCAGAUCAUCAUCAUCAGGCACAGAAGAAUCAUCCAAGAAACACUCAGGGCCUUGUGCUGAAAAUAAUUGCAUUGAUCCUCUUUGUCUUCAACCAUCAUGGGUUCAAGUUUCUUGUUUCACACCCCGUUUGGUAUCCUCUUCAGAAGGUAAAGCAAGGAAGCAAAGAUCUGAAGUCAGUGGGCAGGUCAGGCCACUUCCCCAGCUUGUGGUGGAACCCACGGAUGCACGUUCCAACUCAUUUGUGGGGACCCAUGAGUACUUGGCGCCUGAGAUCAUCAGAGGAGAUGGACAUGGAAGUGCUGUUGAUUGGUGGACCUAUGGGAUCUUAUUGUAUGAACUACUUUUUGGUAGAACACCAUUCAAGGGACCUGGAAAUGAUGAAACAUUGAUGAAUGUGAUUUCACAGAGCUUGAAAUUUCCUGAGAAUCCAUAUGUCAGCUCUCACGCUAGGGAUUUGAUCAGAGGGCUGCUAGUAAAAGAGCCAGAGCAUAGAUUGGGAUCAGUGAAAGGUGCUGCCGAGAUUAAGCUGCACCCCUUCUUCGAGGGAUUAAAUUGGGCUCUAAUACGAUGUGCUGCACCUCCUGAGACACCAAGAAGUCAUGACAUUGGCACUCCUGUGGUGUUUCGCAAGAAAAAAGAAGGUAAGUGUCUUGAUUUUAGGACAAAUGGAGAGGAUGUGGAAUUUGAGCUCUUUUAUUUCCACGCCUUUUCCUUUGAAUCUUGGGUUGACCUGGUCCGCGCGCGUCAACUCCGCGGUGGUCAGGUUGCCUCCGCCGCAUACGAUGCGUCGUACACAGUCCGCGCUGCGCCCUCGAUUUAUAGCCCGCACACUCUUUUUACUCUGCGCCUCAAUCGCUCCUGCUCCUCCUCCUCCUCCUCUUCUUGCAUGCUCAUGGACGUCGACGACUGCUCCUCCUCUUCUUCGCCGUCGUCCUCUUCCUCCUCUUCUUCCGCCAGACCUUUCGCCCCCUCGCCGAAGCGCAAGGACGGGCGGAAGAAGUUCCGGGAGACGCGCCACCCGGUGUACCACGGCGUGCGCUCGCGUGGCGGCGGCAGGAAGUGGGUGUCGGAGGUGCGCGAGCCGCGGAAGAAGACCCGCAUCUGGCUCGGCACCUUCCCCAACCCGGAGAUGGCCGCCCGGGCCCACGACGUCGCCGCCAUCGCCCUCCGCGGGCCCGACUCCGCCCGCCUCAACUUCCCCGACUCCGCUGCGUCGCUGCCUCGGGCGCGCUCCGCCGCGCCCGAGGACGUCCGCCGCGCAGCGGCAGAGGCAGCCGGUAUGACGGCGGGCGCGGCCGUCGACCGCUCUCCGCAAUCGUCGUCGGCCGCGGCUCCGACGCAGGUGUUCGUGGACGAGGAGGCGGUGUUCAACCUGCCUGGGUUGCUGGAGGACAUGGCGAGGGGGAUGCUGGUGACGCCGCCGGCGAUGCACAGGGCGUUCGAUUGGGAGACAGUGGAGCUGGAGGACGACGGUUACGUGGCCGGUGACGUCAUCUCCCUUUGGACAAUGGAUUACGAGGUUGUUGGUUGCAGCGUUAGCAACUGUAGGACUCCAGCGCACUCCAUCAAUGGCAGCGCCGAGAUUUACACCGAGCUAGCCAUAUUCUUCCUCCUCGCUGUUGGAGGUUUGGUCGAAAUGGAGAGGCGGGAGGCCGUGGCGGCGCAUGUGGCGACGGUUUGGCGGGUGAUCAAGGCGCCGGUGGUGGUUCCGCUGCUGCAGGCCGCGGUGGCGGUCUGUCUGGCGAUGUCGGCGAUGCUGGUCGUAGAGAAAGCGUACAUGGCCGUCGUCUUCGUGCUCAUCAAGGCGACGGGCCGCCGGCCGGAGAAGCAGUAUAAGUGGGAGCCCAUGCGCGACGACGACGUCGAGCUCGGCGGCUCGGCCUCCUACCCCACCGUGCUCGUCCAAAUCCCGAUGUUCAACGAGAAGGAGGUGUACAAUCUGUCCAUCGGCGCGGCCUGCGGCCUCUCCUGGCCCGCCGACCGCAUCAUCAUCCAAGUGCUCGACGAUUCCACCGACCCACUCGUCAAGGAAUUGGUGGCGGCGGAGUGCCGGCGGUGGGCGAGCAAGGGCGUGAACAUAAACUACGAGAUCAGGGACAACCGGAACGGGUACAAGGCCGGCGCGCUCAAGGAGGGCAUGAAGCGGAGCUACGUCAAGCACUGCGACUACGUCGUCAUCUUUGACGCCGACUUCCAGCCGGAGCCCGACUUCCUCUGCCGCGCCGUCCCUUUCCUCCUCCACAAUCCUGACGUCGCGCUCGUCCAAGCUCGUUGGAAAUUCGUGAAUUCAGAUGAAUGCUUGUUGACGAGGAUGCAGGAGAUAUCGCUCGACUACCACUUCACGGUGGAGCAGGAAGUUGGAUCUUCCACCCACGCUUUCUUCGGCUUCAACGGGACCGCCGGAAUAUGGAGAAUAGCAGCUCUCGACGAAGCCGGAGGUUGGAAGGAUCGAACCACAGUAGAGGACAUGGAUUUGGCUGUUCGAGCGAGCCUCAAAGGCUGGAAGUUCAUCUUCCUCGGAGAUCUCAAGGUUCAGAACGAGCUGCCGAGUACCUUCAAGGCCUAUCGCUAUCAGCAACACCGCUGGUCUUGCGGCCCUGCAAAUCUCUUCAGAAAAAUGCUGAUGGAAAUAGCCAGUAACAAGAAAGUCACUCUCUGGAAGAAAGUUCACUUGAUCUACAGUUUCUUCUUCGUCCGGAAGGUCAUAGCUCACGUCGUCACCUUCAUCUUCUUCUGCGUCAUCAUCCCCGCCACUGUCUUAGUUCCUGAGGUGGAAAUACCGAAAUGGGGCGCAAUCUACAUCCCUUCGAUCAUCACUAUUCUCAACGUCGUCGGAUCCCCUCGGUCCCUUCACUUGCUCGUGUUUUGGAUCUUGUUCGAGAACGUCAUGUCGUUGCACAGGACGAAAGCGACCUUCAUUGGGCUGCUGGAAGCUGGGAGAGUGAACGAAUGGGUAGUCACUGAGAAGCUCGGAGUGGCCAUGAAGAGUAAAGCAGCAAAGAAGCCAAGAACCAGAAUUGGUGAAAGGAUGCAUCUCUUGGAGAUAUGGACAGGGGCGUACCUCGUCUUCUGUGGGUGUUGCGACGUGGCGUUCGGCAGGAACCACUUCUACAUCUUCCUCUUCCUCCAGGCACUCGCCUUCUUUGUAGUUGGCUUCGGUUAUGUUGGCAUCUGCGUUCCAAGCUCCUAGGAGGCCGCAGUAGAAUCAUUGUGUGAAUAGUUAGAAC